GGACUUCCCCUCGCCUCCCCCGGAGCGUCUCCACCCACCAUGGCGUCUCCUUAGUGAGAGGGCGAGCCCCUGGGGAGGAUGGUGACCCGCUGGCGCCUGUCCGUCAGGGUCUGCUUGUCACACUUGAGAUGCUUCGAGCUCGGGAAGGAGCAGGGCCUCUCCAGGCCCCUGAGAGGCGCUCGCCAUGCCAGACUGUGCUGGCUUUUGCUGGGUACUCUGCCCAAAUUCAUCUCCGCGCAUGGGGAUGCUGCAGAGGGGACGCCUGGCGGCGGGAGCCUGCGGAAGACCCGUUGGAGGGACCUGGCUGAAAACGGACGGGUGGAAGUGGCCCAGGCAGGGCCUCUGGGCCGAGUGUUACUGUGUCUCCGUCUGGGGCUCCGCGCUGGCGUCCUCUUGGCGAAAUUCUUCCCCCUGCUCUUCUUGUACCCUCUCACCUACCUGGCUCCUGGCCUCUCCACCCUCUGGCUUCAUCUGCUUUUGAAAGCCACAGAAACCUCAGGCCCAACAUACAUCAAAUUGGGCCAGUGGGCCAGCACCAGGCGCGAUCUCUUUUCAGAGGCUUUCUGUGCCCAGUUCUCCAAACUGCAUGUCCAGGUGACCCCCCACCCUUGGGCCCACACGGAAUGCUUACUCCGGCAGGCGUUUGGGGAGGAUUGGGGCAGCCUCCUCUUUUUUGAUACCCAGCAACCUGUGGGUUCAGGUUGUGUGGCGCAAGUGUACAAAGCAUUCGCUAGCACUACCUUGCUGGAGAAGGACAGAGUCUGGAGACUUGGGAGACCCUGUGCCCCGCAGCUGUUCUCAGGAACCCGGGCAGUUGGGAUGCAGAGAGAGCCCUUUGCGGAGUGGCAGCCUUUGGAAAACCUUGCUGACGAAGCAUUUCUAGAAAAGCUGCUUCUCCCUAAAGCUGACCUUGUUAGGUCAGAAGUGGACACAUGCCAGGUUCCUGGCUAUCCACCUAAGUCAGAUCACCUCAUCCCAGUGGCAGUGAAAGUGUUACACCCUGGCCUGCUCACUCAGGUGUACAUGGAUUUACUGCUGAUGAAGAUUGGCAGCCAAGCCCUGGGGCUUUUACCAGGAGUCAAAUGGCUUAGCUUGCCUGAGAUUGUGAAAGAAUUUGAGAAGCUCAUGAUCCAACAGACAGACCUGCGGUACGAAGCUCGUAAUCUAGAACACUUUCAGCACAACUUUGAGAACAUGGCAUCUGUGAAAUUCCCCACCCCGUUGCACCCCCUCAUCACUCGGGACAUACUGGUGGAAACAUACGAAGAGAGUGUCCCAGUGUCCAGCUACCAGCAGGCAGGGAUUCCUGAAGACCUGAAGAGGAAGAUUGCACAGCUGGGGAUCAACAUGCUUUUGAAGAUGAUAUUUGUGGAUAACUUUGUGCACGGAGAUCUUCACCCUGGGAACAUCCUGGUCCAAGGUGCUGACGGAUUGUCCCCAAGCCUGGAGAUUCAACAGCAGCAGGUGGACGUCAGUGACACACUGGUGGCUACCAUAGCGCCUGCCCUGUGCCCACUGCGCCUGGUGCUGUUGGAUGCUGGCAUUGUGGCAGAAUUGCAGGCUUCAGACCUGAGGAAUUUCCAGGCAGUUUUCCUGGCUGUAGCGCUGGGGCAGGGCCACAAAGUAGCUGAGCUCAUCCUGCAUCAUGCCCGGGCCAAUGAGUGCAAGGAUGUGGAAAGGUUCAAGGAGGAGAUGGCUACACUGGUGACCCAGGCCAGGAAGAACACCCUCACACUGGAAAAGUGUGCGAACACUUCUGAGCGUAAGCAGAGGGGAGUGGAGAAGUGGGAAAGGACAGGACCCUCAAGGGGAAGAAAUGCUUCUGGGAUUCUCCUGGGUUCUUUUGUUUUCCAGCUUCACGUCUCCAGCCUCCUCUCCAGUGUUUUUAAGCUGCUGAUGACCCACAAGGUAAAGCUCGAGAGCAACUUUGCCUCCAUCGUGUUCGCCAUCAUGGUGCUGGAGGGGCUUGGCCGCUCGCUGGACCCCAAGCUGGACGUCCUGGAGGCAGCAAAGCCCUUCCUCCUCAAGGGAGGAGGGCUCCUGUGACUGUGGGCACCCAGUGAGGGCAGAUCCUGAGGGUCUGUCCUUUGGCAGCUGAGACAUCUACACUUGGGAUGUGUGACCUAGCUUCAGGAUCUGUCUAAAAAACUUUGGGGUAUUUAGGGUAUAAAAGGGGCAGGGGAAGCUGAAACUGGUGCCAGAGAAACCAUUUCAGGAAAAAUACCCUGCAGAAGAAGACAAAAUACAUUUACUUAUUUUGUUUUUC